AGGACCGCGCGGAUGCCGGCUGGGCGGCCCCGCAGAGGCUAACCUGGUCCAAGCAGCUUGAGUCACCAGCCCCGCCCUGCGAAGCCGGAUGCAGCCAGAGGCCCGGGAGCGGCCUAGACGAGCGGAUCCGCGGAUUUGUGAGAGAGGAAUCUUGAGUCGCAGCCAUGUUCCUGGUUAACUCGUUCUUGAAAGGCGGCAGCGACGGGGGAGGCGGGGGUCUGGGCGGGGGUCUGGGGAAUGUGCUCGGAGGCCUGAUCAGUGGAGGGGGCGGAGGGGGCGGCGGCGGCGGCGGCGGCGGCGGCGGCGGCGGCGGAACUGCCAUGCGCAUCCUGGGCGGAGUCAUUAGCGCGAUCAGUGAGGCGGCUGCUCAGUACAACCCAGAACCCCCGCCCCCACGAACCCAUUACUCCAACAUUGAAGCCAACGAGAGUGAGGAGGUCCGGCAGUUCCGGAGGCUCUUUGCCCAGCUGGCUGGAGAUGACAUGGAGGUCAGUGCAACAGAACUCAUGAACAUUCUCAACAAGGUCGUGACCCGACAUCCUGAUCUGAAGACUGAUGGUUUUGGCAUUGACACAUGUCGCAGCAUGGUGGCCGUGAUGGAUAGUGACACAACAGGCAAGCUGGGUUUCGAGGAAUUCAAGUAUUUGUGGAACAAUAUCAAAAAGUGGCAGGCCAUAUACAAACAAUUUGAUGUUGACCGUUCAGGGACCAUUGGCAGCAGUGAACUCCCGGGGGCCUUUGAGGCAGCAGGAUUCCACCUAAAUGAACAUCUCUACAACAUGAUCAUCCGACGUUACUCUGAUGAAGGAGGGAACAUGGAUUUUGACAACUUCAUCAGCUGCCUGGUCAGGCUGGAUGCCAUGUUCCGUGCCUUCAAAUCUCUUGACAAAGAUGGCACUGGACAAAUUCAGGUGAACAUCCAGGAGUGGCUGCAGCUGACUAUGUAUUCCUGAAUGGGAACCCCAGACCUCUUCCCUCAUCACCUCACUAUAGGUGUCACCUUGGACUUUUUGGUCUCUCCCAGGGCUAAUCCUGUCUGCAGUCACAUCUUUGUGGGGCGCGCUGACUCACCAGCUUUUCCUUUCUCCCAGCCGUUGGCAUCUUGCUUCUCAGGCAACAGCUAGGGCCCAAUAUGUCCCAACACGCCAUGCCCCAAGUUACCCCUGGCUCUAAGACAUUCUAACACACCCUGCCCCAUGAGUCCUCCACCUUCUGCACACCCACUUCUCACCCUGUCCAUGACCUUUCUUGUAUAUCUGUGCCAAGUUGUGUUGCUUCCAUUCCCCAAGGGCCCUUCUCUAAGUUCUGGGAGGAUCACCCCCAUCCCUGUGCACCCUGGCGCACCUGUUCAAUUAACUAUCCAGACAGCUGAACUCCAGGCCAUAACAGGCCCACAUGCUCCAGUGCCUUUGUAUUCUGCUCCCAGCCUGCCAGGCCCUGUAGGAAAUAAAUUUACCCCAGUUAUUGCUGA